AUGGCCCCGGAGAUCACCAGUGAACAGCGCGAGAGCCUGACGCUGCUCGCGACGACCUACGCGCUCUCACACGGGCUCGUCUACCUCCCGCCUGCAGACGUGCAACCUGCGGCGCCGACGUCCACGAUCCACGCGCCGCUCGCGCUCUUCCCGUCGCCGUUCCCGCGCAAGCAGUUCGAGCACGCGCGCGAGCUGCAGUCGGCGUACAACGUUCUUUACGCCCGCGUCGCGAUGGACGAGGCUUUCCUCGACCGCGUGAUGGGCGCGGAGGAAGGCGUCGGGCGGGUCGACGAGUUCACCGGGGAGCUGUGGAAGAUUUGGCGCAGGUUGCGCGAUGAAGGGACGCAGCAAUGGCAUCUAGGCUUGUUCAGGUCUGAUUACUUGCUGCAUGCGCCGGAGGGAGAAGAGCCGUGCCUGAAGCAGGUCGAAUUCAACACCAUCUCGUCGUCCUUCGGGGCGCUCUCGGAGAAUAUCUCCAAGCUUCACAGACAUCUAGUGGCAACUACGGAGUACUUCAAUAGCUCUCCCCUUUUGAAGCUGGAGAACAUGCCACCGAAUGAGACUAUAGCAGGCCUCGCAGAAGGCCUUGCUACGGCACACAAGACUUAUGGUUCUCCGUCUGCUUGGGUUCUCUUCGUGGUACAAGCAGGAGAACGGAACGUCUUCGACCAGCGUUGGUUGGAGUACGAGCUGUUGGAGAAGCAUUCGCUGCGCGUUAUCCGCCAAACCCUCGAUGAGCUGGCUACCUCCGCGGAAGUCGUUCCUACCUCUCGGAUCUUGCGCAUCAAGCGUCCGGGUCUGCUUCCCCGAGGAGCGGAAUCCGUGGAGAUUUCGACUGUGUACUUCCGCGCAGGCUACACCCCCACAGACUACCCCACGCCCGCUCACUACAACACGCGUUACCUGCUCGAGAAGUCAGUUGCGAUCAAGUGCCCUUCAGUACAACUGCAGCUCGCGGGUGGCAAGAAGGUCCAAGAGGUCCUGACGCAAGGCAACCAUUUACAACGCUAUCUCCACCCACCCCACGGCCUUACGAGCAGCAACCUGACGGAGAACGUUCGGCGCAGUUGGAUGGGAAUGUGGGGGCUCAAUGAAGGCGAGGGCGUUGCGAAAGCACGGGCACAGGCGGAGAAGCUGGUGCUGAAGCCUCAGCGAGAAGGAGGGGGCAACAACGUGUACAAGGGAGAUAUCCCUCCCUUCCUGAACACGCUCCCUGAGCACGAGCGUGAGGCGUGGAUUGCGAUGGAACUCAUCCAGACACCGUCCGGGCUUGGGAACUAUCUGGUCCGCGCGGGUAGCGGCACGGAGGGCGCGGUGAAAGCGGAGGUUAUCAGCGAGCUGGGUAUCUUCGGCUGGGCGCUGUUUGGUGGGCCCAGCGAAAGCGUACAGGAAAAGCAGGUGGGGUGGCUGCUUCGCACUAAGACUAAGGACAGUAACGAGGGUGGGGUCGCAGCUGGAUUCUCUGUUCUGGAUUCGCUGGUUCUUGUAAAUUAA